AUGUCCAACCUUCCUUCUGAGCCCGAGUUCGAGCAGGCCUACAAGGAGCUCUACUACACCCUCGAGAACAGCACCCUCUUCAAGAAGAACCCCGAGUACCGCACCGCCCUCAAGGUCAUCUCCAUCCCCGAGCGUGUCAUCCAGUUCCGCGUCAUCUGGGAGGACGACAAUGGCGACCUCCAGGUGAACCGUGGUUAUCGUGUCCAGUUCAACUCGGCCCUCGGCCCAUACAAGGGUGGUCUCAGACUUCACCCCUCCGUCAACCUUUCCAUCCUCAAGUUCCUCGGCUUCGAGCAGAUCUUCAAGAAUGCCCUCACUGGCUUGAUGAUGGGUGGUGGCAAGGGUGGUUCCGACUUCGACCCCAAGGGCAAGAGUGACAACGAGAUUCGCCGCUUCUGCGUUUCCUUCAUGCGCGAGCUCGCCAGAUACAUUGGUGCCGAUACCGAUGUUCCCGCUGGUGAUAUCGGUGUUGGUGGCCGCGAGAUCGGUUACAUGUUCGGUGCCUACCGCCGUGAGCGCAACAAGUUCACUGGUGUCCUUACCGGCAAGGGUCUCCACUGGGGUGGCUCUCUCAUCCGUCCCGAGGCCACUGGUUUCGGCCUCGUCUACUAUGUCGGCCACAUGCUCGAGUAUGCUGGUGUGACCGAUGGCUGGAAGAACAAGCGCGUCUCCAUCUCGGGCUCCGGCAACGUCGCCCAGUAUGCUGCCCUCAAGGUCAUCGAGCUCGGCGGCAAGGUCGUCUCUCUUUCCGACUCCAAGGGCUCUCUCAUCGCCACUGGCGAGCAGGGCGUCACCCCCGAGGAUAUCGCCGCCAUUGCUGAGCUCAAGCUCAACCGCGGCUCUCUCUCCGACUACAGCCACAAGGACAACCUCAAGUACAUUGACGGUGUCCGUCCCUGGGUCCACGUCGGCAAGGUCGACAUUGCUCUCCCUUCGGCCACCCAGAACGAGGUCAGCAAGGAGGAGGCCGAGGCUCUUGUCGCCGCCGGCUGCAAGUUCAUUGCUGAGGGUUCCAACAUGGGCUGCACUCUCGAGGCCAUCGAGGUCUUUGAGAACGAGCGCCGUGAGAAGAAGGGCGAGGCCAUCUGGUAUGCCCCUGGCAAGGCCGCCAACUGCGGUGGUGUCGCCGUCUCCGGUCUCGAGAUGUCCCAGAACAGCCAGCGUCUCGCCUGGACCAAGGAGGAGGUUGACAGCAAGCUCAAGGAGAUCAUGAAGUGCGCCUUCUUCCAGGGUCUCAACACGGCCAAGGAGUACGUCGAGGCCACCGAGGGCGAGUAUCCCAGCUUGGUUGCCGGUUCCAACAUUGCCGGUUUCGUCAAGGUCGCCCGUGCCAUGAAGGAGACCGGUGACUGGUGGGACAACCAGCUCAACAAGGAGGCUGCCGAUGCCGAGGUCACCUCCGAUUCUGGCUUUGCCGCUUAA